AUGACCACUUUACAAGUCUACGCGCAUAGACUGGGUGACUCCAACUUGGCUACCAACCUAAAAGUCACCAUCGCAAACGAGCUUAGAGAUCAAGUAGAAGUCUUUCAGACAGCUGAAUAUCCUAAAUUUCUGUCAACACUAAUUCCUGUAUUCCUUGACAUUCUACGAAACGAGCAGCCUGUGUUCAUUAGCAAUGCACCAGAGCAAAAAUUACGAAACAUCAUACUAGAGAUAAUAUAUCGACUGCCACAGACAGAGGCAUUAAAAGAAUACGUCCCAGAAUUAUGUAAAGCAUUAAUGAUGAUACUACGCGUAGAAAACGAAGACAAUGCAGUUGUUUGUGUCAAAAUAAUUAUUGAUUUGCACAGAUCAUUUCGACAAGUAUUAGAAGAUCAAGUUCAACCCUUUUUGGACAUUGUACAGGAAAUAUUUCAAAAUAUGGAACAGACAGUCAAAGAUGCUUUUGACAAUCCAGAUCAGAUUGCUACUCCGUUGUCCGCAGCAUCACCACGCCCAAUGUCACCUGCUGCAGAAGCACCAGAAGUCCCAACAAAAGUGCUGGCAAAGAGCAUGUUCAGUUUCAAAGUGCUUACAGAAUGUCCAAUUAUUGUAGUGCUUCUAUUCCAAUCCUAUAGACGUUCUGCAGCAGAUAAUAUCAUGAGGUUUAUUCCUCUCAUCUUUCAGACACUCAGUUUACAAGCAAAGCCUCAAAUGGAAGCAGCGAAUGCAGCAGCAGCAAAAGGCGAAGUGUUUGUGGGUGUUAGUCCUGCUAUUAAACAGAAGAGUCUUUAUAACGAAUUCAUUGUUGCUCAAGUAAAGACGAUGUCUUUUUUGGCUUACAUUCUCAGAAGCUACACGACACUAUUACGACCCUACCAAAAUCAAAUACCAGACUUUGUCUUGAGAUUGCUGCGAGAAUGUCCUGCUGAAUCAUCUGCCACACGCAAGGAAUUGUUGGUUGCCACUCGUCAUAUUCUAUCAACUGAUUUUCGAACAUCUUUUGUGCCGAAAAUCGACUUGUUGUUAAAUGAAAAGGUUUUAAUAGGAACAGGCGUUACUGCACAUGAUACUUUAAGUAUGCUUGCCGAUCUUAUUCACCAUAUUCGUGCAGAACUUUCAGCUUCACAACUUUCCCGCACCAUUUAUAUCUACAGCUGUAAUUUACACGAUGCUACACUGGCUCCCAGCAUUCAAACAAUGUGUGGGAAGCUUUUGUUGAACUUAAUUGAUUGCAUAAUGAAGAUUCCCGAUAAAUCAGAAGGACGAAAUUUACUUAUGCGUAUACUAGACGCUUUUGCUAGUAAAUUUGAAGCACUAAAUAUUCAAUUCAGUUCCUAUGUUAGACAGUACAAAAAGAAAAAGCAGACCACAGAAGAACCAGCCAAGGAAGAAACAAUAAACGACUUUGAUUUCGAUCGUGCGCGAUCUAUUCACACAGCAUCAUUCAUACCCGAAGCAGCACAUGAUGGCAUUAAAGAUGGUCGAUUCUUGUUCAAGAACUUGGCUAUUGGUCUUAAGCCAUUGUUCAUUGGCCUUCGUCAUUGCAACCCACCACCACCUACUGGACAAGAUGUCAACAUGCAAUUGUACGCCCAAUUUGCUCGAGGCUUUUCUCAAGAGGAUGUUCAGUUAUUUGUGCGCUUGUUCAGAGAAGGACUGAAAUGCUUUGAAUAUUACAAUGUCGACAAUUAUGGUUCAGAUGGUUCUUUGCCAGACUAUGCAGCACCUGAGGAAGAACGCAUGAAAGACAAUUGGACAAUUGGUUCUACAGAAACUUGUCUAAAACUCAACCCUCAACAGAACGGUGAAAAGGAAGUGUUGGAUACGUUUCCCAUUGUCUUUACUUUGCUUGAUCCUGCCGUCUUUCAAGAGUUGUUUGCAUCACAAAUCGACUUUUUCUACGAACGCAUGCUUAUCAACACAUCGCUCUUACAUCUCUCCCAAUACUUUUUGGUGAAUGAAAUUACUACACAGGGAUUUGCAGGUAUCCUGCUUCGAUUCUUGGUAGACCGAAUCGACCAAUUAGGUGAGGAUAGUCUUCACUAUUCUGCUGUCAUGCUUCAUUUAUUCCGCCUUACAUUUAUGGCUGUGAAUUUGUUUCCUGACGCUAAUGAAAGUAUCCUCCAACCUUACUUGGCAAAUCUAGUCAUGUCAUGCUUCAAACUUGCUGCAAAAGCAAAAGAACCCGCCAACUACUUCUUGUUGCUCAGAGCUUUGUUUAAAAGUAUAGGCGGUGGUCGAUUCGAAUUGCUCUAUAAAGAAGUGUCUCCAUUGUUGCAAGUCAUUUUGGAAAACUUGAACUCCUUACUAUCACUUGCACACAAGACAGACAUGCGUAACUUGUUUGUCGAAUUGUGCUUAGCUGUACCUGUACGUCUUAGCACAUUACUGCCUUACCUUCCUUAUUUGAUGCGUCCCUUGGUCAUUGCUCUUCAAGCAGAUCAAGAUCUUGUAUCUCAGGGUUUACGAACAAUGGAAUUGUGUAAUGAUAACCUAAAUCCCGAGUUUUUGGAUCAUAUUAUGGCUCCUGUCAUGUCAGAACUCAUGGAUGCUCUGUGGAAACAUCUUAAGCCUUUACCUUACAAUCAGCAGCACAGCCAUGCUGCCAUGCGUAUCCUAGGUAAACUAGGUGGCCGAAACCGUCGAAUGUUAAAGAGUCCACCAAAGCUUGGAUUCAAUGCUCGCAUUGAAAACGGUGUUUCGGUUGAAGUUGUCUUUGAUCCUAGUCCUACACCACAUACACUUCCAUUGGAUAAAUGCCUAGACAUUGCAAUUCAUGCACUCGUCACACCUCAGACCGAUAUUGUUUACAAAAAACACGCAUACAACUUUUUGAAGACACACUUGGUUCUUAUGCUGGAAUUAGACGAAGGUCCUGAUGAUUUAGCCGAGACGCUUUACAAAAGAGUAAAAAAACAGUUCAUUGAUCGUCCUGAAGAUCCUACAAAGUCAUCAAAUACUUCUCUGUUAACACAAAACAUGGGCCGUAUCAAUGUAGACGAAGAUAAUUCGGUCGUAGGCAAUACCUUAAGCGAGACCGGUAUGAAGCCCAAGCGAUUAGCAGGCAAUGGAUACACAAAAUAUGUCUCUAAACGUAUGGCCCAAGAAGAGGCUCUCAAGUCUAUUUUAGUGUCUGUCAUGACUGCAUCUAUUAUUGAUGAAUUAAGUGAAGACGCAUGGAGCUUCUUCCUUAAUAUCUGUCGCCAUUUCACUUUGCUUCAUAUCGGCGAGGCAAUCGAAGCUAAAGAAAAUGGACGCAAGCCUUUGGCGAAUAUGAUGGAUGAACGUUUAGCUGUGCAGCAUUUGAAUACAACAAUUUUGGUAGAAGCUAUUGUAGAGAUCAUGUCUUCUUCACAAAUCCAACUUCGUAAACGAGGUGAAGAAGCUUUGCAUGCUUGCUAUAAUGUCGCAGCAACUAUAUUGGGAUACAAAGAAUACAUUAACCAAUUGCCCAUUUUCCGUGUCUUUGCAUCUCAAUUCUGCUCCUGCUGUUACAAGCCAGAAUGGUUCAAGAAGCGAGGUGGUUGCCUUGGUAUCUCUAUCAUGAGUUCACAGCUUGAUAUGGGUACUAAAUGGAUGCGUGAGCAUGAGCUUGACUUUAUUCGCUCUCUUCUCUUUGUCCUCAAAGAUGCAUCACCUGAAAUGGCCAAUGUUAAUACAGAAGAAGCCACUCAAACGCUUUCUCAUGUACUCAAGGUCUGUAAUGGCCCUGAAGAUGGAGAAUCCCCAGAGGCUCAACAAAAGUUCCAAAAUUUGAUUACUCUCUUGCUUAGUGAACUCUCUAAUUCUAACAGUGCUGUUCGAGAGACAAUUCAAUCUUCCUUCCAACUUUUAGCUGAUCUAACUGGCAAUGAAGUCACUGAACUCUUGGCUCCGGUUCGCGAACGCUUAGUGGCGCCCAUCUUUGCUAAACCCUUACGUGCAUUGCCCUUUGCUAUGCAAAUUGGUCACAUUGACGCCAUUACGUAUUGUUUGACAUUGCGUCCUCCAUUCUUGGAAUUCAAUGAUGAACUAACUCGAUUGUUGCACGAGGCACUUGCUUUGGCCGAUGCUGAAGAUCAAGCUCUGGUCAGUCGUAGUUCACAAUACAAAAAUACAACAUCUUUGAUGAAUUUACGUAUUGUCUGCAUUAAGCUUUUAUCAGCAGCACUUGCAUGCUCUGAUUUUAGUAGCCAGCGACAAACACACACUCGUGCUCGUAUCAUCCAAGUAUUCUUUAAAUCGCUUUACUCAAAAUCAAUUGAGGUUGUAGAAGCUGCUCAUCGUGGGUUGAAACAAGUAUUGGCACAGCAGCAUAAGCUACCAAAAGAACUCUUGCAACAAGGUCUUCGCCCUAUUUUGACAACACUAUCUAAUCAUAAAACGUUAAGUGUUGCUGGUCUUGAAGGUUUAGCAAGGCUGUUGGAGUUAUUGACAAACUAUUUUAAGGUCGAAAUCGGUAAAAAGCUGUUGGAUCACUUGAAACAAUGGGCUGAACCAAAGGUGCUUCAAGAAGCUGCUGGUAAACCACUCAGCGAAAAUCACGAAAUCAAGAUCAUUGUGGCUAUCCUCAAUAUCUUCCACUUGCUUCCUGCUGCUGCUCAUAUAUUCCUAGACGAUUUGGUUACAGUUGUAUUAGAAAUGGAAGGUCAUUUGCGUCGCUCAGUAUCUAGUCCUUUCAGACCUAAUUUGAUCAAGUAUCUCAACCGAUACCCAGUAGAAACAGUUGCUUACUUUUACGAGAGACUGGACAAUGUUCAAUGUGCACAAUUGUUUACCGACAUCUUGAAUACAGAAUCUGCUGCUCGUUUACGAGAAGAAGUAGCCAAUACUUCAUCCGAAUUAGUCGCCAAGACGUUCAAAUCAGCCAAAGUCAAGACAGAUGCACCUUCCUUCAACGCACUUUAUUAUCGUGGUGUCAUGCUUGUUCAUACUCUUGUAAACUACAAUACUGAGUAUCUUAUCUCACAUCGCGAGGUGUUAGAUUGCUUGCUUGAAUUAUGGCGAAAACGUCAAGAAAAAGUGUUGUCUCAACAACAAAAAGAGGAAGAACAAUAUAGUCUAAUGGCUACUCGAGAGCUGCUUUUGUUGGCCAAAAUCUUUGUAGAUUAUCUGCAGAAGAACACGAAUGAGAUUGAUGUUAUUUUCGAUUUGGUUGCUUUGUUCGCCCAUGAAUCUGUAGCUGACUUGUCCUUUUUACAACGUUUCUUUUUAGAAAGCAUUGCUCUCAAGUCUUCAGCCAAACAAAAGCGAUUGAUUCUUGAAAAGUUCUUGACUAUAUUUACUGACAAUACUGUGCCUUCUAAUCUCAAGAUGAUGGCCUUACGUCAAGUGGUCAAUCCAUCUUUAUUAGCAACAUUUGUUCGCAAAGAUGCUGACUUUGGAGAAAUCUUGGAUGCCAAUAUGAUGGAGCGACUAGAUGAAAAGAUUUGGGCCAGUUUGAUGAUGGAGUCCUCAGAAGACAACCAAUAUAUCGAAGACUCACUUCGUAUUGAACUCCUGCAGAUGACUGCCAUGAUUGUCCAAUAUGCACCUCAUUUAUUAGCUGAUCGCCGCAAAGAAGUUAUCAAAUUUGGAUGGAACUAUCUUCGUCUUGAAGACGCUACAAGCAAGCAAGCAGCUUAUGUGCUGAUUGCACACUUUAUUGCGGCUUAUGAUACACCUAGCAAGAUCGCUAUUCAAAUCUAUGCUGCUCUGCUACGUGCACACUCGUCUGAAGCCCGUGUAUUGGUCAAACAAGGCCUCGAUAUCAUUGCACCUGUGCUUCCAGUUCGUAUUGCACCUCAAGAAAACGAGCGUAUUCCAACCUGGGUUCGCCUAACGCGUAAGGUAGUUGUGGAAGACACUCACAGUAUUUCUCAAAUGGUCAAUGUCUAUCAAUUGUUGAUCCGUCAUUCUGACCUUUUCUUUGAAUAUCGAGAACACUUUUUGCCUCAAAUUGUCAACACACUUCCCAAGCUUGGCUUGCUUCAAAAUGCUACACCAGAACACAAAUUGCUGACAGUAGAAUUAGCCGAACUUAUCAUCAAUUGGGAAAAGAAGCGCAUCGAGAUACAAGAACAAGAAUUCAAUCAAGAAGCAUCUUCUCCUGGUUCUCCCUCUAAGCGCAAGAUGGAUAUCGAUGAAAGCGAAUCAAGUUCAGAUAUGGAUACUGAUACCAACCCUAACAAAAAGGCUCAGGUGCAAACAUCAUCUGGCGAAGUAAAGGCUGUACCCUCUUCGACUACAUCUACAGGACACAAAGAGUAUUCUCCUAGUCUUACUUUGCGUGAAAACGUUGUUGGUUAUCUUGUUCGUCUUGCUUGUAUGGUGUUUAGUCCAACAGACAUGAUUCAAAAGCGCCUUGUUCAAAGAACCAUUGAAUUAGUCAAGUCUUUCUUAAAGCCUGGGCUUUGGCCUGAUGUUCAUGUACGCUUUAGUCAUUUGGAGCGUUCGCUCAUUUUCAAAGAAGCUAAUGAAAUGAUUGUCUCAAGUGUCUGUAGUGCUCUGGAGAUCUUGAAUGCAGAUAUUUCUCACCGUGAAACAAAUUGGUUUAUGACAAAUAUCGGUCAAUUUAUUCGAUGCGAGAACUCGCGCAUUCAAACUGCAUUGUAUCCUGUGUUGGCUCAUGUGAUUGAAGCCGUCAACGAGAAUAAGGUUAGCUUGAUGGCUACUCCUCAGGCUGCUAUUACGUCUUCAACUACUCCAACCGCUGCUAGUACACCUAUGGCAACGCCUCCCACUGCAGCUGCGAGCCCUGCUACUGUUAAUACACCUCUUGAAGCCUCGCCUGGCGAGCCUAUGAAUGAAGAUACUUCUAAUGCAACAUCUUUAGAAGAUGCAAACAAUACAGAAAUGACAAAUGGUAUCAAACAAGAACCAGAGAUCCAGAAAGUAGAACAGCCUCCUGAAGUGGUUGCUUUUAUGAAUCUAAUCGAUACCACUAUUCAAGAAGGAUUAAGUAGUAUGAGCAAUAUCUUUAGUGUUCUCAAGCUACUACAGGCUGCCAGUUCAAGCGACAGUGAAUACUUGGAUCCAUACGUACCAGGCAUCAUCAAGAUGCUUCAGUUACUGACUAAAGAGCAUACUUUGCCCUCACAUUCUGCUUCUAAUAUGCCUUAUGAUUCACAAGUCAACCUGUUGAUCCUAGGCUUAUCAUUGCUUAAGAAGCGUAUCGUUUAUUUAGGUGACCAACGUCGAUGGUUCUUGACUUGCUUGAUUCAGCUAAUUGAAAAGUCCCCCGAUGUUACUCUUUUACGAAACAUACUAGACAUGUUAAGUGAAUGGGUACUGGACAGAAUAGAACCUAUUCCUACUAUUAAAGAAAAGGCUGGUUUACUUGGCAAGAUGAUGACAGUAGAAACGCGUCAAAACACAAAGCUGACAGAAGACUUUUUGAAGCUGGUGUUCAAGAUUUAUAAUAACCCUGAAUUUGCUCGCUCUGAAUUGACAGUUCGUAUGGAACAUGCGUUCUUGUUGGGUACUCGUAAUGAAAACCCUGAGAUCAGAGCACAAUUCAUGUCUAUCUUUGACAAGAAUGUUGAUCGACUCUUGCCUACGCGUCUCAACUACAUUUUGGGAGUGCAAAACUGGGAACCAUUGGCAAAUCAUUUUUGGCUACAUCAAGCAUUGGACCUAUUAAUUGGAUCGGUCAAGAUUGAUACUCAAGUAUCUGCUCCUUAUACUUUGAAGGUGAAGCCUAUUAGCAUCUUUGGUAACCAAGCAAGCGACAUUAAUGAAAUGGAGCUGGAUAUUCCUGAUAAUGUAUCAGAAAUCAUCAAGCAGCAUAGAUCGUUUUUGAAGAACCUUCAAGGUAUUGAUGUGACGGAGACAUUAGAUGAUAUUCGUCAAUUGCAAUACUUGAGCGACGAUGCUGCAUUUAAGCUUUGGGUCGACCUGUUCCCUAUGUGCUGGUUAGCUCUUUCAAAUGCUGAGCGUCACGACAUAUCAAAGGCAUUAACGAUCUUGCUUUCAAAAGACUAUCAUAGUAAACAAUCUGAACAAAGACCUAAUGUGAUUCAAGCUAUUUUGACCGGUAUCUCCAAUACAAAACCAACCAUACCAAUCCCUUCUCAUUUGAUCAAGUAUUUGGGCAAAACACAGAAUUGCUGGCAUACUGCUAUUGAAAUGCUUCAAAGACAAGCUAUUACAGGUCGCUUAGUGGAUAUUUCACGAGAAGAGCAACUCAAUCAGCAGCGUACACUGGAUGCACUCGCUGAAUUAUAUUCUUCUUUGAAUGAAGACGAUAUGUUUUAUGGUCUUUGGCGUCGUCGUAGUGUUUAUUCUGAAACAAACAUGACAGUUUCCUGUGAACAAUGUGGCAUGUGGCAACAAGCUCAACACAUGUAUGAAAACAUUCAGAUAAAGGCUCGUGGUGGUGUUUUGCCUCAAGCAGAAUCUGAAAGUAUGCUGUGGGAAGAGCAUUGGAUUAUGUGCACUCAGAAGUUGCAACAAUGGGACAUCUUAUCAGACCUAGCUAAGCAUGACAAUAAUACAAGUUUAUUACUCGAAUGCGCAUGGCGUUUGUCUGAUUGGACUGCCGAACGUGAAUUGUUGGAGCAAUCCUUACACCAGACUAUGGAUUUGCCUUUACCACGUCAAAAAGUAUUUGAAGGAUUCUUAUCUUUGAUCAAAUCUCAAACUAGUCAAGACAAAUUACCUGAAUUCACUCGCAUUUGUGAAGAAGGUGUUCAACUUGCACUUCGAAAGUGGCAUUCUUUACCUCCUGUAGUAACUCAAAGCCAUUUGCCUUUACUGCAAACAUUCCAGCAGUAUUUGGAGCUAUCAGAAGCUAGUCAAAUAUUUAAGAGUUUGUCUAGCACGAAUGCUCAAAACCUGGAUCAACGGUCAGCUGAAUUACGUAGUAUCCUCGGCACUUGGCGUGAACGUUUGCCUAACAUGUGGGAUGAUAUUAAUAUCUGGAGCGACCUUGUUGCAUGGCGUCAACAUAUCUUUAGUGCCAUUAACCGUACCUACUUGCCAUUGAUUCCUUUGCUUCAGCCUGCUCCUGGACAAAAUAAUGCAAGCAGCGGACAUUCUUAUGCUUAUCGUGGCUACCAUGAAACAGCUUGGAUUAUUAAUCGAUUCGCACAUGUUGCUCGUAAGCACCAGCUUUAUGAUGUCUGUAUUAAUUACUUGACCAAAAUCUACACACUUCCAAAUAUUGAAAUUCAGGAAGCUUUCUUGAAACUUCGCGAACAAGCCAAAUGUUACUAUCAAAAUGCUAGUGAAUUGACUGCUGGUCUCGAUGUCAUCAACAACACGAAUUUGAUGUAUUUCACACACCAACAAAAAGCAGAGUUUUUUACGCUGAAAGGUAUGUUCUUGGCAAAGUUAAACCAUAACAACGAAGCCAAUGAGGCUUAUGUCAACGCUGUUCAAAUUGAUAUGACUUUACCUCGUGCCUGGGCUGAAUGGGGCCGCUACAAUGAUCGCCGAUUCAAGGAAAACCCUAAGGAUUUAUCAUGGGCAAACAGUGCUGUUAGCUGCUAUUUGCAAGCUUCUGGUCUGUACAAAAACGCUAAAGCUCGCAAACAUCUCUUGCGCAUCUUGUGGCUCUUGAGUUUGGAUGAUCAAAAUGGUACUAUUUCUCGAGCUGUUGAAAAUUAUAAGGGUGAUUGGCCAGUCUGGUAUUGGAUCACGUUCAUUCCUCAGCUGUUGACAGCUCUCCAACAUCGUGAAGGUAGACAUGCUCGUACUAUUUUGAUACGUAUUGCCAAGCAGUUCCCACAAGCACUUCACUUCCAGUUAAGAACAGCUAAAGAAGAUAUGCUGAAACGUGCUAGUGUCUUACAGGCUAGUAUGGCGGCUGAAGCAGCCCAGCAACAGAACACGACAAUAUCUUCAUCAGAAGGCAAUUCUACGAAUGGUACUAAUACCAAUACGGCCGUUAAUGCUACAGCAGCAGCAGCAGCCAAUACUUCGCAAGAUACAGAAGAAACUAAAGACGAGACAGCUAAACAUAAGGAAGAAAAUGCGGAGGAAAAGAAAGAAGACCCAAUGGAUACAUCGGAAGAUAGUGCAAGUAAGGAAAAAUCAACUGAAGAUGAUGAUCAAAAGAAAGAAAAUGUUGCUGUCAAGGUAGAAGAAACAGCAGUAACAAUUCCUCAACAGUCGAAUGGUACGCCUGUUAUUGCUGGUCAAACUUCACCUACAACAAGCACUGCAAGCGAAACCAAAUCCGCUACAGGAACACCACAGCAACAGCAACAAGCAUCUUUUCCUAAUGUAACACCUGUUGCAGCAGUGCCUUCCAAUGGAACGAGUGCUCAACAGCGUGGCCCAUUACCUUCUCAAAUCAACAUUGCAACCACGGCUACUACUGCAAGUCCCCUAGAUGAAAUCAUGUCUAUGCUUAAGACAGGCUAUCCAUUAUUAGCCUUGUCGAUGGAGACAAUGGUAGAUCAAAUUCAACUCAAAUUCAAGCCUCAAGCUGACGAAGACAUGUAUCGAUUGGUUGUUGCUUUGUAUAAUGAAGGCGCACAACAAUUGUUGACACGAUUGAGUAACCCCAACGAUACUUUUCAAUUGACACAUGCUACUGUAGCUAACAUUCACCGAUUUGCAGACAGUCUUUAUCCCGGACACAUGAAGACCGCCUUUGUGAAUGACUUUGCAAAGUCUAAACUGAAUCUUGAAGAAUAUGUUGCUAAACUGAGAUUAUGGCGAGACAAGUUUGAAGCUAUGUUGGAUGCCCGUCCUCGUAAGCACAAGCUGGAAGCCUCUAGCCAUUACCUUGUUGAAUUCCAGCAUCAAAAGUUUGAUGAUGUCGAGAUUCCUGGUCAAUACUUGAUGCUCAAGGACAAUGCAAAUGACUUUUUGCGUAUUGAUCGGUUUUUACCAGAAGUAGAGAUUAUUCGUAGCUACGGAAAUUGUUGUCGUCGUUUAACUAUUCGCGGUAAUGAUGGUACGCUUCAUCCUUUCUUGAUUCAAAACCCUGUCGCACGUCAAUUCCGUCGUGAAGAGAGAUUGAUGCAAUUGUUCCGUAUGUUGAAUUAUAUCCUCGAAAGACGCAAAGAAAGUCGUAUGCGUAAUUUGCAAUUCCAUUUACCUGCUAUUGUGCCUCUUGCUCCCAAUGUUAGAAUGGUGCAAGACGACCCCUCUUACACUUCUUUAUAUGAUAUCUAUGAGGAUCAUUGUGAUAGCGUACAAAUGCACAAGGAUGACCCCUUGGUUUAUUUUGUAGAAAAGUUCAAAAACAAUGUCAAUACUCAAAAAGAUGUUGUAAAUCAAAAGACAGAGCUCUUGAAUCUGCGUAUGGAAAUCAAUGAUUAUAUUUCAGCAAACAUGGUUCCCUCAAAUAUUCUUAGCAAGUAUUUGUUUAAAACGAUGAGCUCAUAUACUGAUUAUUGGAUGUUACGCAAACGUUUUACUGGACAAUACGCUACAGCUACUCUGAUGGCCUACAUCUUCAGUGUUGGUCAUCGUAUGCCACACAAGAUUAUGAUUUCCCGAAGUACAGGCAAUGUUUGGAUGACUGAACUCUUACCUGGUUGGAAUGCAGCAAACCCAUUGUUUGGCAAUGGUGAAGCUAUUCCUUUUAGAUUCACACCUAAUAUUCAAGAAUUCAUUACACCCAUUGGCGUUGAAGGCUUGUUUACAAGUUGCUUGAUGGCCACUGCACGCUGUUUAACAGAACCUGAAUUUGAAUUAGAUCAAUACCUCUGUCUUUUUGUGAGAGACGAACUUGCUACCUGGCAUUUGGCUAAUCAUCGCUCAGUAACAGAUGCUCAGUUUAGAGAAAGAAUCAAUACCAAUGUACUUCAAGUCCAAACAAAAGCACAAUUCUUGUCUUGUAAAGCUGAUAGAGAAAAGACGCUGAACGCAGGAAAACCAUUGAAUCAAAAUGUAAUUGACUUGAUCUCUCAAGCUAGUAAUCCUCAAAAAAUGGCACAAAUGGAAUGCACUUGGAUGCCUUGGUUAUAAUUC